AUGGAAUAUAGCACAGAAGAGCAACUAGAAUUCAGUAUAGGAAGGGCUCGCUCUAUCCCACUCAAUAUUACGCUCCUCAAUCGAUCUAGUGCGGAAUUGCUCAAUCCAGUCAUCUCACGCAACCUUGCGGUAGAAUGUCUUACCAUCGGAUUACCCCAGACGUCCCUUAGUACCGCCGCCAGGCUCAAUGGUUCCUCUCUUAGGCGUUUGAUCAUGCCUAUAUCAAGAGAUGUGCCUGUAGAAUCCGUGGAGAGGAUCAUGGAUGUUGCCCUACAGUCCACCCAGAAGGAAAUAGAGCUUCAUUUGGCAUUACAGCGGCUUGUGGUGUGCCCCCUGGAGCAUACGUUGAUGCAGCGUGUUACAUCCUUGACUAUAUCUGGAGGUGGUGGAGUUGCCGUUGGUGCAAAUACCUCUCUCCCUUCCCUCAGGAGACUGGAACUAUUUCAAGAACAUGGCCAUCUCUGCCUUGGGAUACUGGAUGCCACGAAUUUGAGCCAUCUAGAAAAUCUUUUGGUGGUCGGCGGGCCCGAAAUAGGUAACGUCUUGAGGUCAAACUCUCUCCCUACGGGCCUGUCCGAGUUGUGUCUUACCGGAAUAAUGUUGGACCCACCCGAAGCCCCAACGUACCAGAUACACUCCUUGCCACGACUCAGUACACUGGAAUUGAAUCAUGUACACAUACAACGUCGCCUGGGCGAUUAUUUUUCUUGUCCACAAUUGAAACGCCUCAUUGCUUCGAACCUUAACCUGGAUCCAGAACCUGAUAGGUUUCAGUAUCAUGCACUCGAGACCGCGGAAUCACUUUUCUUCGACCAGUCAUUCUUCCGCGACACACCCCGACUAGAGAGCUUGCUCUUGGAAAACGCUCUGGUCACACUCAAGCUCGCUAAGUGCCUAGAGCGCUCCGUUUCUCUCAAGCGCAUCGACAUGCACGACUGCCUCACCGAGAGAUUUAUUCCUGUGUUCCUCGACUAUGUAGCAGAUCAAAGAUUCCUUCCGGUUUUCGAGGAGUUCCAUAUUUCUCGAUCGUGGUCAGAGGAGACCAAGGUAGCAUACUCGAGCUUUGUUGAUCGCCUUUCCGCUAUCCGUCCUUCUGUCAAACUCUCCGGAAACGGCGACUUGUACUUAUUUCCUGCAGAGGCUUGA